UUUGAUUCCCGAAAAAUGCUCUUUCUCCAUUCUUUUCAUAUAAGUAGAGAAAGGGUAUAUAUAUAUAAGGGUACCCUAUAUAUAUAUAUAUAAGCACAUUCACCAGAUCGGAACACGAUCUAUUUAGCACCAUGACGAUUACCUCCGGCGAAAACAGAAUAUGUUCAAUUUCUGAACUAGCACCUCCCCAAGCAGUACUAUUCGAUGUAGAUGGAACUCUAUGUGAUUCAGAUCCUCUCCAUUUGUAUUCUUUCAGCGAAAUGCUUGUAGAGAUUGGCUUUAAUGGUGGAGUUCCAAUAACAGAACAAUUCUUCAUGGAGACAAUAGCAGGCAAGCAUAACGAAGACAUAGCUACCGCCCUCUUCCCAGACGACCACGAACGUGGCUUGAAGUUUUGCGACGAAAAGGAAGAGAGGUUUCGAAAGUUAGCAAAGGAAAACCUUGUGCCUAUUAAGGGCUUAUACAAGGUGAAGAAAUGGAUAGAAGAUCAUAAACUGAAACGGGCAGCAGUUACUAAUGCUCCUAGAGAAAACGCGGAGCUGAUGAUCUCGCUUCUUGGUCUUACUGAUUUCUUUGAUUUGGUUAUAGUUGGAAGUGAAUGUGAUCACCCGAAACCGUAUCCGGAUCCUUAUUUAAAAGCUAUUGAGAUACUUAAUGUAUCCAAGGAUCACACCUUCAUAUUUGAGGAUUCUGUUUCUGGCAUCAAAGCCGGGGUGGCUGCUGGGAUGCCUGUAGCCGGUUUGACUACUAGAAAUCCAGAAGAGAUGUUACAGCAGGCGAAUCCCACUUUGCUUAUAAAGGAUUAUGAAGAUCCUAAACUAUGGGCAGCUCUGGAGGAACUCGACAAGAAGACAGUUACUAGCAAUUAGGAAUCUAUGUUUCCUUUCUAUGCAUGAAUCAUGAUGAAUGGUUUUAGUAAUAAAACGAAUGCUGUUUGUUAUUCGGGGAAAAAGAAAAACUUAUCUGAACAUUUUUCACUGAAAUGAAACGGCUGAAUCAAUUUCAUUCCA